AGCGGUGAAGAAAAACUUCGAUAUUAUCUUAUCAGAUCGAAUCAGUGCGAUUUGUCUCUUCCCUCAGAAAUGCCAAUUCCCCAAACUUUUUUAUAACAACAUCAUCUUCGUCUCAACUCUCCGCUUCUGCUUCCAUUACGGUGCUGUAAGAUGUCGGCCUUGAAGAAGAGAAAGGUUAGCAAUGGCGACAGCGCUACUUUCUCAACAGAGACGCCUCAGCCAAAACCUGCCAACGACGUUAUGGACAAGAUCGACGGCGUUGAGCCUGUUGAACCCUCGCCGCGAUUGAGCAAAACGCCAGAGCCUUCGUCAGCGCCACAGAAAUCUUUCAAGGAUCUAGGAAUCAUCGAUUCAUUAUGUGAAGCAUGCGAGGCUAUUGGAUACAAGGCACCGACACCCAUCCAAAGCGAAGCAAUUCCUUUGGCCCUCACAGGCCGAGACUUGAUUGGAUUGGCAGAAACCGGUAGUGGAAAGACUGCCGCAUUUUCUCUGCCCAUUCUACAAGCUCUCAUGGAUAAACCGCAAGCGUUCUUCGGUCUCGUGCUGGCACCCACCCGAGAGCUUGCUUUCCAGAUCUCCGAAGCGAUCGAAGCACUGGGAUCACUCAUUGCUGUUCGUUGCGCCGUCAUUGUCGGAGGUGUGGACAAAGUCCAACAGGCUAUCGCGCUUGGAAAGAAGCCUCACAUCAUCGUUGCCACUCCUGGACGUCUCCUUGACCACUUGGAGGAGACCAAAGGAUUUUCGCUCCGAACACUCAAAUAUCUGGUCAUGGACGAGGCAGACCGUUUACUGGACCUCGACUUUGGCGCCAUUCUAGACAAGAUUCUGAAAGUGCUACCCAAGGAGAGAAGAACGUACCUCUUCUCGGCUACAAUGACCUCCAAAGUCGAAUCUCUACAGCGAGCAUCACUCUCCAACCCUCUACGUAUCCAGGUAUCUGACAGCAAAUACUCGACUGUCUCUACGCUUUUGCAAUCAUACAUGUUCCUCCCUCACAAGUACAAGGAUAUUUACCUUGUGUACCUCCUGAACGAAUUUGCUGGACAAACCUGCAUUGUCUUUACACGUACCGUCAACGAGACGCAGCGUACCGCCAUCCUCCUUCGGAGCCUUGGCUUUGGUGCCAUCCCGCUGCAUGGUCAGCUCUCACAAUCUGCUCGUCUUGGUGCGUUGGGCAAAUUUAAGGCAGGCAGCAGAGACAUCUUAGUCGCCACCGAUGUUGCCGCCCGUGGUCUCGAUAUCCCGUCCGUGGAUAUCGUGCUCAACUACGACCUUCCGCCCGAUAGCAAGACCUAUAUCCACCGUGUUGGACGAACAGCUCGUGCCGGUAAAAGUGGUCACGCGUUUAGCAUGGUGACCCAGUAUGAUGUUGAGAUCUGGCUUCGGAUUGAAACUGCACUUGGUAAGAAAUUGCCCGAGUACAAGGUCGUCAAGGAAGAAGCGCUUGUCUUGAGCGAACGUGUUGGCGAAGCUCAGAGACGAGCAAUCCGCGAGAUGAAAGACCUGCAUGAGAAGCGGGGCACAAAGGGCGCCACGCUUCGGGGCCGAAAACCCUUCCAGGGCGGCAAGAGAGGACGCGAUGAUAUGGAUGCCGAGGAAGGAUAAAAGUUUUCUUGAUUUGAGAAGAGUGAUCUAGUUCUUUCAAGUUGUAUUGUACAUACCCUUUUUACGGCGCAUGACCUGGGUUGGUUCGAGGACUUUCUAGAUUAUAGAAAUUACGCACAUAUAAGAGAAACCCUAGUUUGGUUUUCUUUGAUUUGCUUCAGUUUGCUGAAGUAGACUCGGUGACACCGUACAUUGGCUGUGUGCAUUUCAUGAACUCAGCUUAUUGCUUGACAGAGUGUUUCGUGCCCUGAAGAUGCAUUGCGGAGAUAAUAUUUUGCUAUAUAUACAUCGGUAUUCCCAGUAAUAGUCGUUCGCCAAAAUCUAU